CGUUUCUCAGAUUCGUAAUGCGUCGACGGAACUAGGCCUUCGACAAGCUUCGCCGCCAGAUUCUAGUCCUGGGCCGCAACCCCAGAAGGAAGAAAUGUCUGACCACGAAUGGGAUUUGCGGACAGGUCGUGCCAUCGACAUUAUCCACCAGACUUUGCCAGAUUUCUUCAAGACUGGACUCGUCACGUCUAUCGACGAGGCCACAGGACAGCUGAAUUCGUCCUCUGUACUCUUGGGGAUGCAGCAUAUAUACAGUCCAAAGAUACGGCUGUCGUACACUCCACCGGUGCAGCUGCCUUCGCCCUUUCCACAGACUCUUCAUAUAGAAGGUCUUCCUCUCUACCUCGCUUCGUCGGCCUUCGUUCGACACACGCUCAGUGCAUUAUACUCGGAUCUCCAGCUCACUUUGCAAAAGUUCUCCGUUGACGGUUCGCGCGCCAGCUUGUCUGACGCCGAACCCUCUAGUCAAGUCGAGAAGAGUCGCGACAAACGCCUUACCGUCCUGUUUCGCGUAAAUGGAAUAGCGAGAGUCAGUGGGAGCGAGGGCGUGUGGGAUGUGCACUCGACAUACACGUUUUCACCACUGUCCGGCUUGAUUCACAUUCAUUCCAUCAAUUCGAUCGAACCUUCUCCUCAUCUCGCCGUAUAUGACACGUUAAGGUCCAAUCUCGGUGGUAUGUUUGGAUGGGGGGGCAAGGCGGGACCUGCAGCAUGUCGUGAUAUCGACGGAGGCUCUGAAAAAAGACCUGCAUUAGACACUUCCUCUUCAUCCCGAUCAAUAUAGCCAUGUUCAAUGCAAACCUUUCAUGUAUUGUAAUAUUUCCGUCUAUCUUUCCAUCUCUUUUACUCAUACAUAUUCAACAGAUACACGUUGUACUAUAAAUGUAGCCCAACUCAUCAUACUUGCCUC